UUUAUAUAUCUUUUUUUAAAAUAUUUUUUUUUGAUUUUAGUAUCAGUUGGUGAAGAAAAUGGAAACUGGUUCUCAGGAACAAGGAAUUUCACAUUCAUUGGCUGAUGAUAAAUCUAUGACAGAAAUAGGUUCUGGGAAUUACGGAUGCUCGCAUUACAGAAGAAGAUGCAAAAUUAGAGCGCCCUGUUGUGAUGAGAUAUUCGAUUGCAGGCAUUGCCACAAUGAUUCAAAGAAUUCCUUAGAAGUUGGUCCACUCGAACGGCACGAUGUUCCUCGCCAUGAUAUAAAAAGGGUCAUUUGCUCAUUGUGCAACACAGAACAGGAUGUUCAACAAACAUGUGUUCAUUGUGGGGUUUGUAUGGGGAAGUAGUAUUGCUCAAAAUGUAACUUCUUUGAUGAUGAUGUUUCCAAGGAUCAAUACCACUGUGAUAAAUGUGGAAUCUGCAGAACUGGUGGCGACAAUAAUUUCUUUCACUGUGACAGAUGCGAGUGGUGUUAUUCAAAUCUGAUGAAGGAAUCACACAUUUGCAUAGAAAGGGCAAUGCACCAUAAUUGCCCGGUUUGCUUUGAGUAUGUUUUUGACACUACAAAGAACAUAACUGUCUUGCCUUGUGGGCACACAAUGCAUCUGGAAUGUGUGAUGCAAAUGGAACAGCAUUUCCAGUAUUCUUGUCCUGUUUCCUCAAGAUCAUAUUGUGAUAUGUCUCGUGUUUGGGAAAAACUAGACCAGGAGGUUGCUUCAACACCUAUGCCUGAAAUGUAUCAAAACAAGAUGGUUUGGAUCCUCUGCAAUGACUGUGGGGAAACAUCAGAGGUUAACUUCCAUAUUGUUGCACGUAAAUGCCCUAACUGUAAGUCCUAUAACUCAAGGCAGACGAGAGGAAGCCCCAGUUCAUGCUCAUCUAGCAUUGAAGAAAUGGUUAGAUGAGGUUUAAGGUUCAUAAAUUGAGACCUAAGAGUUGCAUUCUGUUUGACAUUGCUGUUGUCGGAUGUCAACUGUCGAUCCGUGUAUCAAUGUUCAAGGCAACAUCAUUUGGGUUAUUGAUUUAGCCGUCCGUGGACUUUGUGGACCUUGUGGCUUUAUUGUGUACAACAAUAGCUACGCGUCAAUCCCAAAUAAAUUGGGGAACCCAAGUGUAUUGAAAAUUGGGAUGAUUUGGUUCAUUGGCCCAACAACACCCUGGGAUUAGGUUCAAUUCUAGUCUAGAAUUAGAAAGAAGACCAAAUAGCAUAGGCUUGUUAGUGAGUUAGUCUAACCAUAAAACCUUCAGCCAUUUUUUCAUAAUUAGAUCUUUUCUUGUUUUCCUCCAAAAUUGCAAAUUUUAUUGCUUUUGGUGUUCUUUAUGCUUUGGGGACACCACCUUUUUUUUUGAUUGCCAUUAUCAGUAGAUAGGGUUCAACAAAGAUGUGCUUAUCUAACUUUAUCGAACUUCUUAUUUAUUAAAUAUCCGUCUGUUGUAGCUUAGU